AUGAGAUUCACAACGGCGUCCGGCGCGCUUCUGGCCGCCGCUGCCACGGCCAAUGCCGCCUCUUCCACGCUGGCGCCCGUCUCCGUCGUCGGCAACAAGUUCUUUAACGAGGACGGCUCCCAGUUCUUUAUGAAAGGCAUCGCCUACCAGCUCUCUCAGGACGACCCUCUCGUCGAUGGCGACCAAUGCGCCCGCGACGUGCAACUGAUGAAGACACUUGGCACCAACACCAUCCGAGUCUACCACGUCGAUCCGACCGCCAACCAUGACAGCUGCAUGAGCGCCUUUGCUUCAGCUGGCAUCUACACCUUGAUCGACCUCGAUACCUUCAACACCUACAUAAUGGAUCCGACCAUGGCGGCCCCGUCCUGGAACGGGACACAGUUCGGCCAGUUUGCCGCCGUCAUGGAUACCUUUUCCUCCUACACGAAUGUUCUCGGCUUCUUUGUCGGCAACGAAGUCAUCGCCCUCACGAACCAGUCCAUUGCCGCGCCGUACGUCAAGGCCGCCGCUCACGAUAUGAAGGCCUACCGGGACUCCAAGGGCUACCGCAAAAUUCCCAUUGGCUACUCGGCUGCCGACAUUGCUGAGCUGCGGCCCAUGCUCCAGGACUACCUCACCUGCGGCGGCAACGAGGCGGACAACAUUGACUUCUUCUCCCUCAACUCUUACGAGUGGUGCGACCCUUCGACCUUCACCACAUCGGGCUACGCCAACCUCGAGAAGCAAGCCCUCAAUUUCCCGGUGCCCCUGUUCUUUUCCGAGACCGGGUGCAACGUCCCUGGCCCCCGCCUCUUUGAGGACCAGGCGUCCAUUCUCGGCCCGGACAUGGACAGCAACUGGUGCGGCGCCAUUGUCUACGAGUGGAUCCAGGAGGCCAACAACUACGGCCUCAUUUCCUACGGCGACGGCUCUGCCUCUGACGACGCGCCGCGCAGCGGCACCCCCAAGCCCAUAACCCCCGAUUUUGCCAACCUCAAGAGCCAGUGGGCCACCCUCCACCCCACUGGCGUCAAGAGUGCCGAUUACAACCCCAGCUCGGUGUCCACGCGUGACUGCCCGGCCUCGACUGCUGGUGGCUGGGAGAUUGAUGGCAAUGUGCCCAUCCCCACCCUCGAUAGCUCCGUCAUUGCUGCCGGCAGCAAGGCCAGCGGCGGCGGCGCCAGCUACACCCUCGCCACGGCCACUGCCAGCGGUGGCGCUGCUGACAAGACGUCCACCGGUUCCAGCUCCAGCACCUCGUCUGGCGCUACUAGCUCCGCCAAGAGCUCGGCUUCGUCGCUCUCGCCUAAGAGCCUGAGCGUUUUCAACCGCGAGUUCACGGUUGCUGGUGCCGCCCUGGUCGGUGUCAUGAUGGUCUUUACAUUGUGGCUGUAA